UAAAGUUUGAACAAAAAACGAACCGGAAAUGAGAUUGAACAGCGUCGAAGCUAGUUGCUCUUUCUGUAAUUCUUACUCUGAAAGUUAAACGUUUGUUAAAUUAUUUUACACAGUUUGUUAGCACAUGAGCGACACAUUUGUAAUUUAUUGUGUAGUGCUAGCUUUCUCACGAAAUCGUUACCUCAUACCAAACGACCGUUAGCAUUAGCUUCCCUGCAUCGUUAGCUUAACUGCUGUGUUGUUGACAUCUGAAAAUCCGAAACUGCCAUCGGGAAAGAGUCAUAAUGGCAGAUCCAGCACGGAUCAAAACUGAGGUCACACCUGAGAGAGGUUCUGCCGGCCAAAACGAUCAGCCUGCAGAUAAUGUGCCUGAGGACGCAAGGGUCCUUGCUCCGGAUAAAACUGUAGACGAACCGAAGGAGUCGUCGUCUUCUCAAGACCAGCACAAACAGGACGUUAAGUCUGAAGCGGUGGCGGAGGAUGAGGAAGAAGGAACUUCAGGUCAGCCUGCAUCAAAAAGACUGAAGGUGGAGCCAGAAAAGAAAAAGGAGAAGCGGCACAAGGUCGAUGAGGAUGAAAUACAGAAGAUGCAGGUUUUGGUGUCAUCCUUUUCUGAAGACCAGCUGAAUCGCUAUGAAAUGUACAGACGUUCUGCCUUCCCUAAGGCUGCCAUUAAAAGGUUGAUCCAGUCUAUAACAGGGUCGUCAGUGUCCCAGAAUGUGGUGAUUGCAAUGUCCGGUAUCUCCAAAGUUUUUGCUGGGGAAAUAGUCGAGGAAGCAUUGGAUGUUUGUGAGAACUGGGGAGAUACGCCACCACUUCAGCCCAAACACAUGAGGGAGGCUGUGAGGAGGUUGAAGAGUCGCCAUCAGAUUCCCAACACCAAGUACAAGAACAUUUUGUUUCACUGAGGAGUGCAGCUGAGGAUAAAUCACUACACGAUAAAGAGGUUUUUAAUUACCUGGUGACCAGGAUCUGAAACUUUACUCUGCAAAUAAGUGACUUUGAAAACGUUUCAAGCAAGACCUGCAAAUGUAAAUACUUGAGCAACAUUCAGUUAAAUUGUGAAGUCGUACUGAUGUAUUAUGGAUGUAAAUACACUUUAUACUUGGAAACAGG